CAGCCCUUGCGUCAGAUGCCUCCCGUAUACUUACUACCCAUCGCUGCCAACGUAUUCUCGAACUCUCCCUGGCCCCUAAAUACAAUAACAAUAACAAUCAUCAGACAACCUACUUACUUACCUACCUACCUCACUACCUCGCCCCCCAAAAAGAACUUGUCACAAAGCCAAACACACCAGGGCACACAAGCAACUCCACGAUGAAGCCUUGGACGACGACCCUCGCCCUCCUCCUCUCCACGAUCGCCCCCAGCGGCGCGGCGAGCGACUUCCAGAUGAUCGAGUUCGAGGGCGACGACUGUUCCGGGCACAUAAGGAAGGCGCAUGUAGGGCUGAAGCCGGAGUACGAGCAGAUCAAACUGAAACCGGAAACCAACACAAUCUACGCCACCACCACCAACGACGGCAUCUACCGGUGGUACGCCUUCACGUCCACGACGGAAAACGGGUUCGAGUGCGCCGGGAACGUGCUGGGGCGCGUGUGGCCCGGGUGCAAGCGCCUGCGCGAGUGGCACCCGCAGCGGGCGAGGUGUGUGAGGUGGUGCAGUCUGUGGGCGGACGAGGGGGAUGCGAUGGCUUGUGUGGGGAUUGGGGAGGGGUGAAUGAUUGCUUUGUAGGUACAAUAUGCUGGCGUACCUAGGUGUUGAGACUGGAGGAUUGUGGUGAGGUGAGGUGAGGUUAGGUGAGGUGAGGUGGGUGGGAAGGGAGAU